UGAACUCUCAGUCACUGGAUCUCAGAAGAGUGAUUGAAUAUUUGCGCUGACUGUUGCUGUUGGACGUAGAUAUUACAAGUACUCCUCACAGGCUAGCUACAACGGAGAUCAUUUCUUAAAACAACCGCCUUUCAGAAUGCUAUCUGAAAUAACAACAGCUUCUACAAACCCGUCUGGACGGCAGCGAAUGCGUCCCUGGCUUAUUGACCAAAUUAGCAGCGGGAAUUACAGAGGACUGGCGUGGUUGAAUGAAGAAAAAACAAUGUUUAAAAUUCCGUGGAAACAUGCAGGAAAACAAGACUAUGACAAGGAAGAGGACCCAAAAAUUUUCAAGGCUUGGUCGCUGCACACCGGCAAGUAUCGGGAAGGUGUCGAUGACCCUGAUCCUGCCAUGUGGAAAACGCGACUACGCACUGCUUUGAAUAAACUGCCGGACAUACAGGAAGUGCAAGAGAAGACGCAACUGGAUAUCCCGGAACCGUAUAGAGUGUACCGACUGUUACCAAAGAAACAAACGCUUCGGGAUGCCAAGGCCACGGUUAAACAGGAAUGCUCCUAUAUUCCUGGACAUAAUCCUGCGUUAUCCCUUCCAAUGACCAACAGAAGUACAAGUACUGAAGGGUACUUCAAUCUGGUUAUCAGUCCCACAUCUACAAGUUCUACUACUUUGAGUCUUCCACAAGCAUUAGAAGACCUGGACGGAAUUAUUCAGAGUGAUCUGGGGGCUGCGAGUGAUUCACCAACGGCAACGACUAGAUCAAUGUCAUGGUCAACGUCAUCUCCGGAUUCAACUCAGAACUUCGACUGUUGGGAAGAGAGUAUCGACGACAACAAUAACUCACCAUCAAGCAUAACAGCAAACUUUGGUACCCCGCAGAGAAAUGCCUUCAAACGUCAACUCUGUGACAGUAACUAUGACUAUGGGAUGAUGAUGGCAACACCAAUCAAGAAAGUCAAACUGGAAUCACACUAUUCGCAUUUUUCCAGUCCUGACUCGGAUGGGAAUGAUUGUGACGACCGCUCGCUAUAUACGAUGAACAACUGCAACCGAAUGAUAGGUCAUCAUGACCCACCAGUGCAUUAUAUGCAAGUGAAAAUUAGCUACAGAGCUGUCACUGCGUGUGAGUAUCGCGUUGUAGCCCCUGGCGGAUUCCUGCUGACCAACAGUGGUAACAGCGAUACACCUAACCAGAAUACGCUCAUUGAUAACAUAGUAUUCCCUGACUGUACGAAGUGGAGCACGAGUCCCAAACAGACCCAGUUGACCUCGACUCUUCUCGGUCACGUCGAAGGAGGAAUUCUGGUCGAAAGCUGUGAUGGAGACGUUUAUGCUACUAGGAACUGUCGGACCGUAUUCUUCUGGAACACCUCCGCCCCGUCCGAAGAACCACGACGCUUACCACGCAAUGAACGAGUCAAGCUUUUUGACUAUGGACAGUUCAAAAAGGAGAUCAACAUGCAUCUACAGAACGGUGGUCCUAAACCGUCUUUGCCUCACAUUUUCUUCGGCGUCGGGCAGAGAUGGGAUCUCCUCUGCCCAUUGCGGAAUAACCUCAUUUCCGUCACCGUGACGCCACUGAAGGCACUCGAAGAACGAAUGAUCCUAAAUGCUUCGUCGCUGGGGGUGAUGAUGCCUGUGCCACAACACCAGAGUCCUGAACAUGAUGUCCAAACCAUGGACGAUUUUGAACUCAUGCCGGACAGUUCGGGUUCUAAUGAUUUGAAUUCGUUUGAGAUGGUAGUAGCUAAGGCCCUGCAGACGUGCAACGCAUAG